UGACGUGUCAAGAUGACGUGUCAAGACUUGCUUAGUUGGCGCUGACGUGUUCGAGUUCUUCUCGCCUAAUCAGCAAACCGUCUACUUAUUUGACGGUGUUAGUAACGCCGUCAAUGUUUCUAACGGAAAAGGCUAUAUUUGUCCAACAACAUUUUCAAAAGGUGGCUAUAAGUGGUAUUUCGCCAAAUGUGGCUAUUAUUGGCACAAACGUGAAAGUUUUGGCUAUGGAACUGUAUUUUGCCAAAUUGAAACUAUGCUUUCAAAACAUGGAUUGAGUAUGUCAAGGAUAAGGGGACAAGGCUACGAUGGAGCUAGCAACAUGAAAGGACAAAUCAAUGGGUUGAAGAGUUUGAUCUUAGCUGAAAAUUCUUCUGCUUAUUACAUUCAUUGUUUUGCACAUCAGCUUCAGUUGGCUCUUGUUGCUGUAGCUAAGAAUCAUCUUGAAGUUGGUGAUUUUUUCAAGACUGUCAAUAGUGUGAUGAAUCUGAUUGGAGCAUCUUGCAAACGAUCUGAGUUUAUUCGGGAUGCUCAAGUUGAGAAGAUUGCUGAGGCUGUAGCUGCUAAUGAACGAGAGACUGGAAGGGGAUUGAAUCAAGAAAUGGCUCUUAAAAGACCAGGUGAUACUCGUUGGGGUUCUUACUAUGGGGCGCUUAUCAAUUUGGAUAGCAUGUUUUCUGCUAUUAUUGAUGUGUUGGAUACAAUUCAGAAUGACCCUACUUCUGAGACAGAUACAGCUAUUGAUGCAUGGCGUAUGUCGAUUACACUUCAAGAUUUUAACUUUGUCUUCAUUUUGAAGUUGAUGAUUGAAGUGUUAGCGAUAACGAAUGAGCUAUCACUAGCAUUGCAAAGGAAAGAUCAAGACAUUGUAAAUGCCAUGAAACUUGUUCGUGUGUCAAAGACCAGAUUACAAGAGAUGAGAGACAAUGGAUGGGAGUCUUUGCUUGAUGAUGUAGUUUCAAGCUGCACUAAAGAUUCUAUUCACAUUCCUAUUAUGCAUGAUGUGUAUGUUCUUCCAGGACGGUCAAGGCGCAAAGCUCCGGAUAUCACAAACCUACAUCACUUUCAGGUUGAACUGUUUUACAUGGUUGUGGAUAUGCAGCUGCAAGAGUUGAAUAAUCGCUUUGAUGAGGUGAAUACCAGAUUGUUGACUUGCAUGACUUGUUUUAGCCCGACGUCUGAAUUCACUGCUUUUGACUUGGAGAAACUGACGUGUCUUACUAGAUUUUAUCCUGCUGAGUUUGGUUCCAUCCAUGAUACUAUUAUUCGACAACAGUUUAUUGGGUAUCAUUGUGAUGUUACUGCUGAUGAGAGAUUUGCUAGAUUAAAAGGAAUUGAUGAACUUUCUCGAGUAAUGGUGGAGACAAAAGUGCAUCAGUCAUAUCCGUCUGUUUAUUUGCUUCUGAAGCUAGUUUUGACUCUUCCAGUUGCAACUGCAAGUGUAGAAAGAGCAUUUUCAGCUUUAAGCUAUAUCAAGAACAAGCUUCGAAGUCGAAUUGGAGAUCAGUUUGCUAAUGAUUGUUUAGUAGGAUACAUUGAAAUAGACUUACUUACGCAUGUAGACAACGAAUGUAUUUUGCAUUUCUUUCAGAAUAUGAAAACCCGUCGUGGUUGUUUGUGAAAACAAUGAUUGUAUUAGUGGUAAUUUCUUUAUCUAUGAAUGGAUUAUUUGGAUAUUAUUAAUUUUAAUUUUAUUUAUUUAUUAAUUAAUUAAUUAUAUUUAUAUUUUGAAAAGAGGACAGGGGUAGUUUCAAAUCCUGGCUCCGUCACUGUUUUGCAUGGUCAUCCUUCAUAAUUAGAUUCUGCAAAGUAUUUCAUUUUUGCAUGGCCAUCAUGGUUAUUUAAAAGAUUCUUUCAUUAUGAUCAUCAUCUGUGGUGAAUACUCAAGUAAAGGCCAAAGGCUUUGCCAUUUGACCACCAACUACCAAUCUUUGCCCCCCAUUUUGAUCUCACCAUGCCAAAUAGUAACUGCCAAAAAGUUGGAACAUCAAUACCAAUUCUCUCAGCACUGAUGAAACUGCAUGUUGUGCUACGAAGUGAGCAACCCUGUUAGUGCAACGAAAGUAAAAAUGAAAAUGAAUUACAACAACCAUA